AUGUCAACACUAGACGUCAACCUCACCGUCCUCCUCAUCGUGGUCGGUGCAGCAGCCAGCGUCCUGCUGGCCUACGCCUUCACGCAUGUCUUCUGGCGACCGAUCCCGCAAGAGAGCGCUGUCAGCAAGAGCGAGGAAGAGCUCAGUCAGGUGCAAUACAUGCGCCAAGUGCGGCUCAGGAACCUCGAUAUUCUGGCCGACUCUCUGGGACACCCCCGGGAUAAGAGGACGACGCAUGAUAUGGUCUGA